GAAAUGAAGCAGCUGAACAGCACAGUUUCAUCUGCCGCUCACAGCUCUGAGCUCUGGAUCGGUCUGUACAGUCAGAUCAGGUGGAGGUGGUCAGAUGGGCUCACAGGGAGUGGAGCUGACUACAGGAACUGGGACACUUCUGAAUAUGAACCAGAUUUUUACUCUGGGGUUCAGUUCUGUGUGUCCUCUUUAGAAGGAAAAUGGUGGGAUUAUCAGUGCAGAGAGAAGCUCCAGUUUAUUUGCAACAGAGGAUCACAGAUGAACCCUGAGUUUGAUUUGGUGGAUAAAAAAAUGAGCUGGUCCGAUGCUCGGAGGUACUGCAGGGAGAACUUCUUGGACCUGGCCACUGUCAAGAACCUAGGAGAGAACCAACAAGUCCAUGAAAAGGCUCAGAGUAAAAGGGUGUGGAUUGGCCUGCACAGAGAGCCACACAUUUACUGGUCUGAUGGCACAAAGUACUCAUUCUCAAACUGGGCCAGUGGGAUGAACCCGUUUAGGGGUAUGAGUAAGAUCUGUGCAGCUCUGACUCGUUCAGGAGAAUGGAAGACUUUGUCCUGUGAAACAAGAUUACCAUUUGUCUGCUACAGCCUCCCUACAGCUGUAAAGAGGCAGGUAGUGAAGAUCACAGUACAUGUGGAGGACCCUCCUGUGGAUCUGAAUGACUCUGCUGUGAAAGCAGAGCUGCUGACAAGGGUGAAGGAGCAGCUGAAGAAGAAAGGAGUGGGUGGAGUCAGUGUGAGGUGGAGAGUGCAGCCGUAUGGGAAGCUCUUGGCUGGAGAUGGAAGAAGAAAGAAGACUGAGAGAAAAAGAAAAAUGUUUCAAAAGCUUUUCUGCUUGAAUCAUGUGACAGCCAAUUAAACUUUAUUAUCCACACGUCAUUCUCCCAGCUGUGUCUGAGCACAGAUGUGGGCUAACAUCUGUUUUUAGGCUCUUCUGUCACAGUGUUUGUGGGCGUGGCCUCUUCUUUGGCUUUCAUAGAGAUAAAUGCAGACGUGUUUGUGAGCUACAGGUUUCUGCUGACACAUGUUCACUUUUGGAAAUCAGAGGGACAAACAUGCUGGUCACCCCAGUCACCGUGGAAACAAGCACAGAAAUACAGCAGGCUGAAACUGUCACGGUCCUGGCUCUUUGAGUUUCUGGACUUUGUGUUUAUUAUUAAAUAUUUUCUAUGUGAUUAUUAGUUUGCUGAUUGUUUCUAUUUCAUCUUCAUGUUAUUCCUCAGUGUUUCAGUCUGGAGGGUUUAUUUCCAGUUACUGUUGAUGUUGCUUUAUUCUUUUAUUUUUCCCGUCUCAUCCUCCUGUGAUAAGUUCCUUCAUGUCAAAUCACUUUUAUUGUCACGUCACAUGUGCAGGUACACUGGUACAGUACAUGCGAGUGAAAUUCUUGUGUGCGAGCUUCUCAAGCAACAGAGUUGUGCAAAAAUACAAUAACGUAA